AUGGGAGUGCCACCCCCUCCGCCCCCACCUCCAUUGCCAAGCAUGGGAGUGCCACCCCCUCCGCCCCCACCUCCAUUGCCAGGCAUGGGAGUGCCUCCUCCUCCUCCACCUCCUCCACCUUUGCCAGGUAUGGGAGUGCCACCCCCGCCUCCACCCCCCCCUUGGCCAGGUAUGGGGGGACUUCCUCUUCCUCCCCCUCUGCAAGGACCAACAGUGCUGCCUCCUCCACCCCCUUUGCCUGGGGCAGGAGCUCCCGCUUUGCCUGGAAUGGGCACGCCACCACCCCCAGCUCCUAGUCUACCACAAGUGUCUGGGUUUCUUCCUCCUCCUUUGCCAACCGGUUUAUUUGUAAUGGGAAUUAAUCAGGAAAAAAGUAGCAGGAAGCAUGCAAUAGAACCUUCUCGACCCAUGAAGCCUCUUUAUUGGACAAGAAUCCAGCUUCAUAAUAAAAGAGAUUCUAGUGCUUCACUUGUGUGGGAAAAAAUUGAAGAGCCUUCAAUAGAUUAUCAUGAAUUUGAAGAACUGUUUUCUAAAACAGCUGUUAAAGAGAGGAAGAAACCUAUUUCGGAUACCAUCACCAAGACAAAAAAUAAACAAGUGAGUAUUAAAUUAUACUUUUCUUUAGAGGGAAUUAGAAAACUUUGGCUAAGUCUACUGGAAGACAGCAAGCGUGAGUGGGAGAUCU